GGCCCGGCCAUGGUGUCCUGGAUCAUCUCCCGUCUGGUCGUGCUGAUCUUCGGCACGCUGUAUCCGGCCUACUCCUCCUACAAGGCCGUGAAGACGAAAAACGUGAAGGAAUACGUGAAAUGGAUGAUGUACUGGAUCGUCUUCGCCUUCUUCUCCACGGCCGAGACCCUCACCGAUAUCGUGCUCUCCUGGUUCCCCUUUUACUUCGAGCUGAAGAUCGCCUUCGUCAUCUGGCUGCUGUCCCCGUACACCAGAGGCUCCAGUGUCCUCUACCGCAAAUUUGUCCACCCGACGCUCUCUAACAAGGAAAAGGAGAUCGACGAGUACAUCACACAGGCCCGAGACAAGAGCUACGAGACCAUGAUGCGGGUAGGGAAGAGGGGUCUCAACCUGGCGGCCAACGCGGCCGUCACCGCCGCCGCCAAGGGGCAGGGCGUGCUGUCCGAGAAGCUGCGCAGUUUCAGCAUGCAGGACCUGACCCUCCUCCGGGAAGACGACGAGGCGUCAUCCACGUGCGGCGCAGACCCCCAACUCCGACACGCGGCCCCCCGUCUCCCGGACCCCAGCCAACACCUGGCGCCGUCCUGUCCUCCGCCCGCGGAGGCCCCCGGCCUGAGCCUGCGGUCCAGAGGGAGCCAGUCGCCCGACGCCCGUUCCGAGGCCUCCGAGGAGGACACGGGAGACAAGGGCCCCAAGAGGCUCAAGUCCAUGAAGAAAGUGGCUAAGGCUGAGCCUGCGGCCAAGGCCCUGAAGAGCCGCCCCAAGAGGAAGGUGUCCGGAGGCGGCGAUUCGGCCUGAUGAUGUGAGGAGGGAGUCCCCGCCAAGACCCCCGGACCCUGGACCCGCAGUUCCUGACCCCUGGCCGGGCUGUUUACACGGACAAGCUGCUGCAGCGCGCUCUCUCUCACGCGCCCCUUCCCUUGGGGGGCUACCGGCCCGGGACCCCCGCUUCCCUUUCCCUCCUGAUGCCGGACACAGGGGAUCUCCUAGGGUCACGGGGUCAACAGGGCCAACCCCCUUAUCCAGGCCCACCAGGCCCACCUGCGCGGGGCGGGCGGAGCUGGGGAAGGGUCCCCGGCCCUGGGGGGGACCCCAACCUCACCCGUCAGCCCCAAAGGAUCCCAAGGGUCCCAGGCCCCCAGCCCCUGAGGAUGGGGAAGGCGUGAUAACCCCCUCUUCGAGGGUCUCAGGGCCCAGUGGGCGACUGGAGGAGCAAAGCGGUGGUCGCCGGAAAUUCUAGGGAUCACGAGGACCCCUCCUCUCCCGCUCCCUCAGUGCCUUGCUGGCAGCCACCUCCGGGGUCCCCCCCAUCAGACCACCCCAUCCUCCCUCUCCCUCUCCCUGCAUCCUCAUUAAACCCAUCUGC